GGGGGGGAGGGUUGUUUAUUUGUUUGUUUUUCUGGUAGUGCAGCUUAGCAUUAAUUGGGAGAGAUCUAAGGGAAAAAAAAGCAACCUCUAAUGCAAUUUUUCAUUUGAAUAUAAAGCUAAGCAAGUAGAUCUAUAUAAGCCUGUAUAUGGUAAAGGUUCUGAACCCUAAAAAGAUUUUUAAGUCCCUGUUUGGUGUUCUCCAAUUGUUUACAGCUUGUUACAUACAAAGGGUUGUACUAAAAAGUUGAAUUGCUCUAUUUGGUCUGCUCUGAGUGCAGAGGGCUCUCUCUUACAGCAUAUGGCAUGGAUCAGAGGCUGUUUGAAUGCUCUUGAACUUAGUGGAACACUAAGGUGAGUAACUGGAAUUUCAUGUCAUGCUUUGGGGCAUGGGAAAGGAGGAAGAGAUUUACUAUCUUUUGAUAGUUAGGAUCUGUCAUAAAAUCAUAGAAUGGUUUGGGUUGGAAGGCACCUUAAAGAUCAUCUAAUUCCACCCCCCCUGCCAUAGGCAGGGACACCUCCCACCAGACCAGGUUCCUCAAAGCCUCAUCCAGCCUGGCCUUGAACACCUCCAAGGAUGGGGCAUCCACAGCUUCUCUGGGCAACCUGUUCUGGUGGCUCACCACCCUUGUAGUAAAGAAUUAUCCCCUUAUAUCUUAUUAUCUUAUAUAAACCUACCCUCUUUUAGUUUAAAUCUGGUACUCCUUGUCCCAUCACUACACUCCCUGACAAAAAGUCCCUUCCCAGCUUUCUUGCAGGCCCCCUUUAGGUACUGGAAGGCUGCUGUAAGGUCUCCUUGCAGCCUUCCCUUCUCUGACUCCAACAACCCCAACUCCCUCAGCCUGUCUUUGUAGGAAAGGUGCUCCAGCCCCUUGAUAAUCUUUGUGGCCUUCUUCUGGACACGUCCUAAUAGCUCCAUGUCCUUGUGCUGGGGGCCCCAGAGCUGAACACAGCCCUCCAGGUGGGGUCUCACGAGAGCAGAGCAGAGGGGGAGGAUCACCUACCUCAACUUGCUGGCCACACUGCUUUUGAUGCAGUUCAGGAUAUGGUUGGCUUUCUGGGCUGCAGGUGCACACGUGCUGUCUUUGAGGUGGGAUGUUUUGUGGUGGAAUAUAAGCAGUACUGGUGUGAGCUGUGGGCCAUGCUAAACGAGUGUAGGUAAAAUACUGUCUGUAUCUAGUGACUCCUUUCCAUUCUGGAAUCUUGCUUAGUCUGCAAUUGAAUCCUCUUUCAACUUUGCCAUCAAGGUAGGCACAAAAUUACUGGGCCUCUUGACGUCACAUGUAUCAAAUACUGGACCCAACAAAUACUUGCAAGUAAAAGCACUUUAAUGAGAAGCUGUGAUGAUGCCAACUAGAUACUCAGUCAGCAGAUGGAGGACUGCUUUCCUUUCACAGCUAAUGAAAUUUGGUGCAGACCAUGUGUCAUUUCAUCUAGUCAAGAUUAGUCAUGUCUUAUCACUGUGCAACCACAAGACUGACAUACUCUCUUAGAUGUCCCUAUCAUUUCUAUGGAGAUGGCUUCAUUUCUUUUUUAAAAUAACUCAUAAAUACCUAAUCCUAGGGUUUGGAUUCUUUGUUGUUGUUGUUGUUACUGUACUGUUACUUUUAUUGACUACAGUUUCUGUUUACUACUUAAAAUUGCUUGCAUAGAACCAGGGAGUAGUGGUGUACCAGCAAGUAGUAGUGUACAAGCUGCAAAGUUUUUUCUUCAUUAGCUGAAUAAGUAGAUGAUGCUACCCAGCUUUAAAGCUAUAUAGAUCAGUAGUGCUGUUCUUCCAGUACAGAUUCUCAAAGCUUACAGCAGAACAUUUACGUGAAGAAAAACUGCAGUCUGGGCAAAUGCUGAGCAUGGGCUGGAAUGGGCAUGUAACAUCAAACGUGUCACAUACGCUGAAGUGGAGACGCGGUCAAAGUUGUCAAUGUUCCGCAAGAAAUGUAAUGAGGAUGGCUUUUUUUUUUUUUUUUUCAAGGCAGCAUUCCAAAUGCUGUUUCAUCGCAUCCAAAGCUUCAUGGAGAGAGGUUUAGAUUGCCUUGGAUAGCCUGUUGCUGCUGAUUAACAAGUUUGUGAGAUGUCAGCAUUUAAAAAUGACUUAAUGAGCUACGUGUGCAAGAAUAGAGCACUGCAUGCCAGUGUUAGAUGUAUCACUGCAUUUUGAGACAAAAUUUUUGAAGUCAAAACCCAACAAACCCAGAAAUGUGGAGUCCAAUGUAUGACUUCCACACAACAUCAAUGUCUUUAGUUUCACUCCUACAGUCUUCAUGAGGUUAUAAUGUAACUCUUCUGGUCUUUGUACUCAGUGCAUUUCUUACUAAUCAGAAUAAAGAGUUCUUCAGAGGGGUUGUGUUGCUUUCAGAACUGUAUCAAAAUACCUUCCAAGGGCAUUAGUGAGAUUUGCAUCCUGGUGAGUGGAGAAAUUUCUAAAAUGGCUUGGUUUAGCCCUGGUGCUGUGCUGCUAUUGAAUGUACUCUGUGACUUGUGGCCUCAGCGUGGUGAGCUGGCUCUCCCAGUUAGCUAGCUCUUCUGUCUUGCUGUGUGAAUAAGACACGUGGUAGGAAUGUAGCAGAAGACGAUGUGUUUGAGUGAAUCAGCAAUGUCUUGUACAGAUGAAAGAGGUUGAACUCAUUGGCUUGAAUUGUCAUUCCCUCUAUGAAAGGGGCUGUGAGGAUCUCCUCAUCUGGUGUGGUGAACUGCGAGAAAAUGGAAAACUUCUAAUACCCACCACUCCCUUUAUUUCCAAGAACCGUGAAUGUUUUUCACUUUGUUCAGGAAGAGGUAUCAGGACAGCAGUUUUUCUUCAUAUGGCUUUCAUCCAGUUACAUAACAGUUCUGGGGAAUUCUUCAACAUCCUUAUCUGUAACACGCCCCUAUCUUGAUCUGUAUACCGUUGGAUUUAGUCCUGUCAGCCCUACUUUCUCAAUCUCGAGCUCUUUGUGCCAAGGACAGGCCUUGAAGUUAGACAUGAAGUAUGUGUUUGCAGUCUGUUGCAUCACUCAUUAUCUGUGAGGAGGUCAAUAAGCAGGAAACUGACACCAGAGUUUCAAGAAAAGCAUAAAUGGUACUGCAUAUUGGAUCUUUAUCUUGAUUGUCUGAAUGCAAGUAACUACAGGUUUGAUGGGAAAGGAACAGAAUUAACUAACUUGUGGUAUUUACCUGAGCCAAGGACUUAAUUUUUUCCCCUUCUGAAUUUUGCCUCCGCAUCUUUCUGGUCAGGCAGAAGUAUGUAAUGUCACUGCAUGUAAAACAAAAUCUGUUCCUCUUUCCCACCUGGAAGGAUAUCGAGACAAUACAAUUCCAAGUAGAACGGGGCCUGCACUAAGGAAAUUGCUGAACGCUUUCUUCUGAUAUUAAAUGUGUUGGGAAGUGCUGAGUGUGGUUUUGAUGCAUUUCCUGAGUGUAUGGACUAGUCAUCUGCAUGUGGGUGGAGAGACAAGAGGUUCUAGUUUCAGCCCUAACCAACUAUCCUAAGGUAUGGAUGGCGGGAGAAUAUCGUUUACUUUUCUAAUUGAUGUGGAGACAUUAUUCACAUAAGAUUUUAAUGUGCUCUUUAUAGUUGCUAUUAAUAUCAUUAGUGCUUUACACGGCUUUUUGCCCCUGUUCUCAGCAUUUUUCUCCUCCUCCACUUCGGUAGUGGUAGGUUCCAUAUGUUAAAAGUCAUAUGAUCCCAUGACACAUGUGUCUGUGUAUAUAUACGAGGUGCCUGGUGACUCUUCUCAGACUGCUCUGGACUUCCCUCCUCAGAACCACCCAUCAUUUCGGAGACGUUACCUGCCACUAUGGAGACUGAGGACUUAUCUGACACUAAGCCUGCUACUCCAGAAGUCCAGCAUAUUGCUGACCAGGUGAAUCCAGAAUUUGAAAGAAGGGAAGACAGAACAUUUGAUAUCUUUCGAGCCAUAGUAUAUAGGACUAAGUUGGUUGCUGGAACGAUCUACUUCAUUAAGGUCCAAAUUUCUGAUUUUGAUACUGGCUACGCCCACUUAAGGGUGUUCCAAGCCAGUCGUGAGGAGAAACAAGGACCCAGACUUGAUCGUUAUGAAACUGGCAAAACCAGAGAUGAUCCUCUGGAGUACUUCUGAGAGAUGGUGGGGAAUGUUUCCCGACUUCUGCAAGUUGCACGGGGAUUCUGCCUGUGUCAGAAAAUGCAUGAAAAUAAAAUAAGUUUUGAAAGCUG